GGGACAGAACUACACGCCGCGGCCGUCCCCCACCACCUUCUCUCUCACGACAACGCGACCAACUCCCCUCUCAAUCUCCAGCCAAAUCACGCCCGCCGUCUUCCUCGCGGCGCCGCGGAUUCAACGAGGCAUUCAUCAGUGUCUGUGAUUGCAACUGGUAACAAAGACCGAGUAAUCAACAUUGACAAGAAAAUCUGUGAAUAUGGUAACAGUGAAUGUUGGGAUGGUACAUUAUGUACUGGACCACAUAUAUGGGACGCUCCUCCAUCGCACGAAAAUAGGAACGCCAUUUUUCUCAAAAGGAUGGGGAGGUACCAAACUUGUGUUGCUAGAGAGGAUGGUGAAGCAGAUAUUUCCUGAAGCUCCUCACCAGAACUGGCCGCCAACUGCUGUGCAGCCCAUAUGGAAAACUGUUUGGGAGACCAAGAACUCUGUUCUGCGAGAGGGUGUUUUCAGGACGACAUGCGAUGAGCGCCUAAUUCAUGCGCUGCCUCCGGAGAGUCACAGCGCAAGAGUUGCCUUUCUUACACCCAAGUCUGUCUCACCAGAGAAGAUGUCGUGCGUGGUCCAUCUGGCAGGCACUGGUGAUCACUCAUUCGAGAGAAGGCUCCGGCUUGGUGGACCACUUGUGAAGGACAACAUUGCAACUAUGGUUCUUGAGAGCCCCUAUUAUGGGCAACGACGUCCAAGCAUGCAGCAUGGGGCAAAGCUUCAAUGCGUCAGUGACUUGCUACUCUUAGGAAAAGCCACCAUUGAUGAAGCUCGCAGCCUCUUGUACUGGUUGCAGGCUGAGGCUGGUUAUGGCAAGUUGGGCAUAUGUGGGCUCAGCAUGGGUGGCGUACAUGCUGCAAUGGUUGGAUCCUUGCAUCCUACACCAAUUGCCACACUACCAUUUCUUGCCCCACAUUCUGCUGUGGUGCCUUUCUGUGAAGGGCUUUACAGACAUGCCACAGCUUGGGAAGCAUUGAGAGAAGAUGCAGCAGCAUUAGCUCAAGAUGCAACGUCUUUGGCAGAGGAUGCGGCACAGGAAUCUGGAAUCACUAUUGAGCAAGUAAAGGACAGGUUACGAUCCGUGCUCUCUCUGACUGACGUCACUCGAUUUCCACUACCGAAGAAUCCGCAGGCUGUCAUAUUUGUUGGUGCAACGGACGACGGUUACAUCCCCAAACACUCAAUCAUGCAGCUCCAGAAGGCAUGGCCAGGCUCAGAAGUCCGUUGGGUCACAGGAGGCCACGUGUCCUCCUUUUUACUCCACAACGACUCGUUUCGCAAGGCAAUCGUUGACGCCCUUGACAGAUUAUAGCACUGGAGGGUGCUCGCAUCCUUGUUUCUGCGUUAUUCUUGUGUACACAGGGAUAUGACACCAAUUGAACUCUGCAAGCUCAUGAUAGAUACAUUUCUUCAUAUUAAAAAAGAGAGCCAAAAAUGGCAUAUUUGGUUGUUGUAACUUAAAUUCAUACGAUUCCCUGUUGGGAUAAUGGUUGUAGCUCGCAUUUGUAACUUGUAACACCAAUACAAUGACCUGUUGAUUGUUUAA